AAGCGAGAGAGUUUGGUUAACCUAGAAACAAUUCCAAUCCCCGGGGAGGGUUCGACGAACAUAAGCCUAUACUCGGCUUCUCCCUCGUUCUGGCUCGAAACCCUCGACCAUUAAGGGCUGCUAGAUGCAGUUCUUCGAUGAUGGAAGAAGUAUCAUGCAUCCAAGUUUACCCCUUAAUCAUCGUCCGCGUUAUUUAUUCUUACCUGAUCUGGAGUGAAUAAGUAGCAGAGUUAAAAUCGAGUUGAAAACGACCGUGCAUCGGGCAUUCGGGGAGUCCGAUAAUCUCGUUUCCCUUCGGGCAGUUCGCCAAGUUACAUACAUGCUAUCAAUGGAUGAUUAUAGACUUCACUACGAGCUUCAACUUAUGUGGUGAAUAAGAUUAAUCUCCUUAUGUGUUUUCUCGAAGAAAGUUGCAAUGUCAAGCUCGUUUAUAGUAAGGUUGUCAUCGGGUCGAAUAAGAUCAGUAUUAUGCUCGGCUCACCCCAAAUAGGAAUCCUCAUCUAACUCAUAGGCCUUCCUCGGUCUACCAAGGUCUAGAUCAUAUUUUUUUCUUGUUAAGAGCUACCUUUCUAGGAAAAUGUUGGACAAGAAGGAAAGAAACACGCCUUUUCGUGAUCAUCGUCUGAAUUUCAGUUCCGCUGGUCCUGGUGCUCAUUUGCAGAAUACUGAUUUCACACCCAGUUAUUUUAUCAACAUGAAUACUCUUGAAGAGACAUCAACGAAAAAAAUUUUUAUGAAUUUGGAUGGUAAAAAUUAUCCAUGUGUUUCUUCAGUACUUUCUGGAAAUAAUCAGUAUUACGAUAAGGAUAAUUUUUUCUUAGGGCGGCUGGCAGAGUAUGAAAAAUUCAAUGAGGUGCUGUUUUCUAAUCCAAGGCAACCCUACUUUCAGCAGAAUAAAUCUUCCCUUUUUCGUGAAAUUUACAUGGAAGAAGUUUCCAAUUUUGGAGAAGUUGAUCACAUUGGAUGUGCCAGACAAGCGAGUGGAUUCCCUUCAGAAUAUAGCUGUGAUCUGUUAAGGACUUUAUUGCAUUCCCAAGAUAAACAGCAGUGUAGCAUGGUCAGUAGUUUUGAGGAAACUUGUUUGGGUAAGGAGAAGCUGAAGAACAAUGCGUAUACUUCGAAGGAACUUGAAAACAUUUAUUUGGGAAAACAGUAUGAACCCACCAUCGAACUUAAUAAUAGAUCUCUAGUGGAGAGAAAUUCAUGUGUAAAUGCUACCUCAAAUAGUGAAAGACUUGCUGAGAUUGGUGAUGAGGUCUCUGCUGACAUGUAUGAACAGAACAAGCCUACAAAUAGGGGAGUAUCCCCAGUAAUUUCUGAAAAAAUCUGGGGUGGGUCACUCAAGCUCAACACUUCCACCACAGUGUCUGCAGUUGCCUUCUUCAAGAGUGGUGAGAAAGUUCAAGAUCUCAAUUGGCCUGCCCAUAUAGAAAUUAAAGGAAAAGUAAGAAUGCAAGCAUUUGAAAAAUUUAUUCAGGAGCUUCCUCGUUCUCGGAACCGAGCAUUGAUGGUAAUAUCCCUUUGUUGGAAGGUUGGAUCUUGUAGAAGUGGUCUCUCAGGCAUGAUGGAGGUUGCAAAGGGUUAUAGGGAAACUGAGAAGGUUGGGUUUGCACAAAUUCCUCCAGGCAUUGAUCUUUAUAUAUGCCCUCGCAGUGACGCCAUAAUAACCAUACUCGCUAAGUAUGGUUUUUUCAAGGGAAUGGCUGCAGUUGAAGAAGAUCAGGAUUCAUUAAUUGGUUGUGUUGUAUGGCGUAGAAGUCAACCAUCCACAAACUAUGUCUCUAAAGAUACAAUGGAGAAGAAAACUCUCCUAGAAGAGCAGCCCCUCAAUUCAACUGGACUAUCCAAUCAAGGAUUGAAUUCAUCAGCCAUGGAAGCACAUGAAUGCGCAAAGAAACAAGUUGUGCCAAGUGAAACGGAAUUGAAAGCUGCUUUGGACCUGCCUGGUUUGGAGGCUGGCACAGCCACUGCUCUUAGUGAUACAACAUCCAUGAUUAUUGAAAACAAAGCUGCAGUUUCUAGUAGCAAUUCAUAUUUCGGCAGUUUUCAAUGUAGUGCUGUCCAAACAAUAACAUCUUCAGUCCCAUACAGUUGUCCACUAGUUCCAGCUCAGCAGAAAACUUCUGAGAAGCCUUCUUUGAACUUGUUGCAGGAGAAUAUGCAGCCAGCAGACAUUAAUCCUCUCCAACAAAAUUCAGGAACAAAUGAAGUAGUUCUGGUUUCAGACAAAUCUUCACAAUGCGUUUCACCAACUCAAAUGACUCCUGUAUUUAUGCUGGGAAAUUCUCCAUCAAGUAGUGUGUCACAAAGCCUUGGAAACUUUGGCUUUGGUCCAGCUCCAAGGCCCAGGCCUUUAGUCCCCGUAAAUUCCUCAAAUUUUCAGUUUCAGCCACAACUGGCGCAGAAGACUGAUUCUAGUGCUGGAAAUGAUUCAAACUGUGCUGGAGAAAAUCUUGCACCAAGCCUUCAAGCAUCACAGCCUGCUCUUCCAGGGCCACCUCCUUUACCGCUUGAGCUCCUGCAUGGACUUCUCAAGUCAAAUGAAAAUGUACCUCAGGCUAUUAUUAAAGGAGGAAAGCUUCAAGAUGAGAUUCAUACCAUGCAUCAUAUGGUAACGAGAGGGCUUGCAGAUGUUUUGGAGACAAGAGCACCUCCUCUUCUUCAAAUUCAGGAAACUUGUGAUGCGUCCAAUGGUGAUGGAAAAGAAGAAGAAGAAGCUGAUGAUGACGACCUCCCAGAAUUUGACUUCAGCUCUGCUUGCGGAGAACCAGAAGGCCCCACUAACCGAUUUCCUGGAUGGACUCAGCAAACUCGUUUCCCUAAUGCACCUCCACUAACUGGAAAACCCUCAUUUGAAGCACCAUGGAGCGCAGGUGAUCCCGCUUUAUUAGCUACAAGGACAGAGUCCUAUAGACCUAUGCCUUCACCUUUACCCAGCAAAUUAUUACAUUCCAAUGAGGGAUUACCCCAUGCCAAAAACUUUGGGAAGUUCAUCACUGACAAGACACUUUCAACUGAGGAUUAUCAGUUCAAAAGCCAUUCAAGCUGCCUUAAAGAAACAAAGGAAACGGGUAACAAUACGAGGAAUGGUUUUGGUUUCAAACGCAAAAGCAUCUGGGAUGACGACGAUGAUGACAUGCCAGAAUGGUGUCCCCCAGACCUAGAGCUUCCCAAGCAGCCACUGCCUAGUGCAACCACUAGUGCAAGGCUGCUGUCAGGAAGACCCCUCCCUCCUCCAGACACAACAGCACCAAUAUCAUUCCAUCCUUGUCAAAACCAUGAUUUACAGCAAAAAUAUCAGCCCGGAUUGCUUGGGCCAUGCCCAUGCCCUAUCUCAGAUGCUCCAGCUGGUGGACCAGCGCAGACAAAACCUUUAGGUGAAUUUGAACGGUUUAGUAAUCCUUCUAAGCCUCUUUUGGACUCUCAUCACAGAGAUUCAUUAAGGCCUCGCACCAGUAAAUUUAAUAGAAAGCCACCUCCUUAUGCAGCUGAUGGCAAGCGGCGUCGACGCUAAGCCUCAAGUUCAGACCCUCUGAUUGUUUUGUCUUGGUUUUCUACUUCAUUAUGUGAUAAAGGUUGAGAUCAAUCUGUCACUUUCUUAUUUUCACUGUAACCACUAAACUGGCAUUUUCUUAUUUGCAGUAAUAGUGUGUGCUUUCUUCAAUAGAAUGAUGCCAUGUAAAUAUAACCGUUAGACCAACUUCUCUUACUUGUGCAAACGCUAUACAUGAAACUCCUACUUCUCUUUGUUUUGGUGAAAUUUGGUGGCCUAAAAGUGGUUGAAAGAAUUAUGCAGGGAAGAUUGGGAGCGCUGAGAGAAUUCUUAAGAGUGAUAUGAGAGACAAAAAGGCCGGACAAAUAUCUCAGAACAACUAAAGAAGGUCCUUCAUGUCAAAAAAUUAUUUAUGUUAAGUAACUUUGAAGUUCUAGCCACUCCGUGUCGACUGCCAAAUCCUUUACAUUGCUUGAUUGUAGUAGAUGGAGGGUCAAAGGAAUUCAAUUGAAGAUAUUCAGUUGAUUUUUUUUUGUCACUAGUUUCAUGAGGGUGCA